UGUGUGGUGUCAGGUCUCUCGCUCAAUGAUGAGGUUUCAAGUGCGCCUUUGAGAUGUUAUGGAGUCUGUAGAAUAUUCUGCAAGUUAUAACUUUUUCGAUUUCCUUUUAUUAAAACAACAUUCCAACUUUUAGAGUACAAGAUUGACCUGUACGUGUAAGCAUACCUUAUUUAGUUUUUUUGUUUUUAGGCUACAAGCUUCUGUGAGUUUUUUUUCAUAGCGAAAAUGUUGAAAGUUUUGUGAGGACACUCCUUCUUCAGACGGACUAAGGCUACAGCUGACAAAUUGGAGAACGUAUCAGCUCUGUCGUUUUCUUAGAGGGAGCAGCAAGAGUCUGCGCUAGAGUUUCAUCAUGGGUAAACAGAACAGCAAGUUGCGACCUGAGGUCCUCAACGACCUGCGGGAGAACACGGAGUUCACCGACCACGAGCUGCAGGAGUGGUACCGCGGCUUCCUGAAGGACUGUCCGUCUGGCCACCUAACGGUAGAGGAAUUCAAGAAGAUCUACGCCAAUUUCUUUCCCUACGGUGACGCUUCGAAGUUCGCGGAGCACGUCUUCCGCACCUUCGACACCAACGGCGAUGCCACAAUCGACUUCCGGGAGUUCAUAAUCGCCCUGAGCGUGACCUCGCGCGGAGGCCUGGAGCAGAAGCUCCGCUGGGCCUUUAGCAUGUACGAUCUGGACGGCAACGGAUACAUCAGCCGGGCUGAAAUGCUGGAGAUCGUACAGGCAAUUUAUAAAAUGGUGUCAUCUGUGAUGAAGAUGCCCGAGGAUGAGUCAACGCCAGAGAAACGCACAGAUAAGAUAUUCCGACAGAUGGACACAGACAACGAUGGCAGACUGUCUCUGGAGGAAUUCAUCAAAGGUGCCAAGAGCGACCCCUCUAUUGUCAGACUACUGCAGUCUGACCAAAGCACCUCUCAACAGUUAUAAAACAGCUCUUAAAUGCAGCUGACAGGCGCCACUCACAUGCACACUGAAAAGACAAGAUUUAAGAAAAUGGAGUUGCUGGCGUUAUCAAUGAUA